CCUCCUUAAACCUUAAACCCCGUCUUCUCACCUCUGCCUCCAUCUCUCUUUCUUUCGGAGGCUGAGAAAGACAAACACGUAUUGUUCACAUAUUCUUCUCAUCAAAACGCUGGAAAUUCGAAACCGUAACCCUAGCUCUUCUGAGCUUCCAUUGCUUCUGGCUUGCUCUAGCUUUGAAGGAAUCAGGAGAGGGUUGAAGCUUCUUACAGCUCGCAAAGAGGCCUUCUUGUGUGCAAAUUUGGUCAAAAUUCGGUGAAUCCUGUUGUUUUAAGCUCUUCAUCAAUUGUUUUUAGAUGGCGAGAUGGGAUGAGAUCUUCUCUCUCCCUGUGCAGAGUCCUCCAUCCUUGGAGUUUUCUGCUGCUGAUCUUGUGUGGACUAAGGUGGAAGGUUGGCGUGACAAAAUGAAUAGAGUUGUUCUCAUCCCUUAUGCUAGAGUCAACGAUUUUGUCAGGGGUGAAUCAUCUAAUAAAGAGUGCCCCACCAGAUUUCAUGUUGAAGCAAGGAGGAGAAGGCCUCCACAAAUGGCUUACAAGCCGAAGGUUGAUGGCAUUCUUGAGUAUAUUCUGUACUGGUGUUCCUUUGGCCCUGAUGAUCAUAGAAAGGGUGGGAUUGUACGACCCAGCAGGAGUACAUAUGUCGCAAAGAAUAAAUCUGCUGGUCGGCCUAAUACAAAGAGAGGUUGUAAGUGUCAUUUUAUUGUGAAACGCUUAAUUGCUGAGCCAUCAGUUGCGCUUAUCAUAUAUGAUGAUGAUAAGCAUGUAGACGAGAAGGGGCUACCUUGCCAUGGUCCACAAGAUAAGAAGGCUGUGGGUACACGGGCCAUGUUUGCACCUUAUAUCUCUGAUGAUCUCCGUCUCCGGGUCUUAUCCCUUUUACAUGUUGGGGUGUCUGUGGAAACCAUCAUGCAAAGGCACAAUGAAUCGGUGGAGAGACAAGGCGGGCCGAGUAACCGUGAUGACCUUCUCACUCAUAGGUACGUUCGGAGAUUAGAGAGAAGUAUCCGACGCUCCACAUAUGAACUGGAUGAAGAUGAUGCCGUUAGUGUGGGCAUGUGGGUUGAGAGCCAUCAGAAUGACAUUUUCUUUUAUGAAGACUUCUCUGAUUCAGACCCUUUUACUUUGGGCAUUCAAACAGAAUGGCAGUUGCAGCAAAUGAUCCGGUUUGGUAACCGAAGCCUCAUUGCAUCUGAUUCAAGAUUUGGAUCAAACAAAUUGAAGUAUCCUGUUCACACUUUCCUCGUCUUUGACUCAGACAACAAGGCUAUCCCCGUUGCCUGGAUAGUAACAUCAAGAUUUGGUAGUGUGAAUACUCAAGAUAAGUGGAUUCGGGCUCUUUACAAUAGAGUCCAUUCAAAAGAUCCAACAUGGAAAUUGGCUGGGCUCAUAGUGGAUGAUCCUUGCACUGACAUCCUAGCCAUCAGGGAAGUGUUUCAAUGCUCUGUAUUGAUCUGCUUUUGGCGAGUCCGCCAUGCAUGGCAUAAAAACCUGUUAAAGAAAUGUUCGGAAACGGAGAUAUGUGUGGAGAUAUCAAGACGACUCGGGGAGGCAGUAUAUAGCAUCUGUAAAGGAGAUGGCAAUAUGGAUUUGUUUGAGGGUUUCAUGGAAGAUUUCAUUGACUGCUCAGAUUUCUUGGAUUACUUCCGGGCAAUCUGGUUUCCAAGAAUAGGCACAUGGACUACUGCAUUGAAGACUCUUCCACUAGCAAGCCAGGAGACUUGUGCAGCUAUGGAAUACUACCAUCAUCAACUCAAACUCAGGUUGUUUAAUGAGAAGGACCGAAGUGUUUAUCAACGAGCUGAUUGGCUGGUUAAUAAGUUGGGAACCAAAAUCCAUUCCUACUUCUGGCUUGAUGAGUAUUCGGGAAAGGAUAAUUUUGCCCGGUAUCGUAAAGAUGAGUGGAUGAGUGGUUCAACAUCCUGGCGCAAUGCACUGAAGAUUCCAGACUCUGAUGUUGUUUUGGAAGGUCGAUGUGCAAAAGUUGUUAGCCAGCUCGAUCGAGAGAAGGCUCAUAUUGUGUGGAACCCUGGUUCUGAGUUUGCUAUAUGUGAUUGUGAAUGGUCAAAGAUGGGUAAUUUGUGCAAGCAUGUGAUCAAGGUAACCAGAGUUUGUCACAGUAAGGGGUCAGCUCUGCCAUCUAUUAGCCUUCUUCAGUAUAACCAGACUUUAGUUAAUAUGCUCCAUUGUGCACCACAUGAUUCUUUGAUUCGUGACCAUGCUGUUACUCUAUCUAUUUAUGCCCAAAUGCAAUUAAAUUCAUUAAUUGAUCAAGGUUGUCAGCCUGCAUCAUGUCCUGUUACACAAUUGCAAACCGAAGGUUCUGCUAACAGAGAUAAAGAUGUAAACGAGUCCCAGUGUACAAGGAAGAAUACACCUUGCAAUGGGAAUGUGUUUGGUGUUGGAAAUGAGGCUUGUGGUGCUGUUGCUGGUGAUUUGGGUACUAAGGUUGUUGAGGCAUGUUUCCCAACCAAGAUUGAUGAGCAAAUGAAUGUAUGCAGCGAGAUGGAUUUUGAUUCAUUACACACCUGUACCUCACCAUCAAUGACAUUGCCUGCUGGUGACAUUGCAUGUGAUACUAGCGUCUUAGAGAAUGGAAGUAGAGACUUGAUUGAUGGAAGUCGAGGGAUGAGUGCAGAUCUUUCCUCUAUUGGUAAUAUUUUUACAGAUCAAGAUGGUAUUCAAGAUGAUAUGUUGGUUGAAAACUAUCGUGAGUCUCACGGGAAGAUGUUUUCCAAUGGUUUUGGCAGUGAUGUUGGGGGAACCAUUACUGGCAGCUUGAUGGAUGUGAAUCCAUUAAUGGAGAGUCUUUCAACAGCAGGGCUGGUUGAUCAACACACGAGUAAUGACAAUGGUAAUUGCAGCGAUCUUACAGAACCAACAGAGGGAACCGGAAGUAUAGUGGAGGUGCAUGUUGAAUCAAUCUUGACCUCCACGUGUAGAUCAAUAUCUAUUGAGCAGGAGACAUGCUUUGAUGUAGAAGCCAGUGAAUCCGGUGUUUCUGACAAUUUUCUUCAGAAAGAUCCUGCCAACAUGAUGAGUGUUACUUCAAAACCCAUCCACUUUGGAAUUUAAACAACAAUGGUUGGCAAGGUUGUAUCAAUUAUUGUCAUUUCGAGGACGUAGCAAAGAAGAUACAUGGUAGCCAAGACAUGAAUGGGAAGCUAUCUAGUACCAACACUUGUUUAGAUGUGGGUGGGGUUAAAGAUAGCUCAUAUGUGGGGUGGGGUGGGAUGGUGUUAAAGAUAGCAUUGUGGAUGGAGAUUGGCAUAGUGUGGUGAUCAACUACACAGCAAGAUGGUUCAAAUUGGUUCAUGACUUUUGGUGUCCUCGUCAAUGAUAAGGGGGCUCUCAAGCAACAAAAAGCUGUUGCCCUGAAUUGAUGAUGCUUCAAGCAUCGUGGCUCAGUUAAUUAUCGUGGACGCACUGGUUUUUAAUGCAGGAUGUUGGUCAACAAGCAGAAUAAAUGUGCUUCUGCCAAAGAGAACUUGAAGAUGGUAUAUUUUGAAAGCAACAUGGAGAAGAUAUUUUACUGAUUAUAAUGGUCUAUGGUUCUAUGCUACUGGGGACUUGUAUAUCAUUGUACAACCAACUUUUUUUUAUCAAGUUCAUACGGUUCUUAUUGAUGUAGAUACAUUUUCUCCAGUUUUGAAGCAAAUGGGUUACAGAGGCUGCAUCCGUGCUCUGACUAGAAAAUAUAGUAUUUCUGGUUUUCACAAUUCAAGAAUUUCAAUUGGAUUCACAAGGGUUAAUUUAUGCUGGUUGUGCUUUGGCUUCUAAUGGCAUUAGCUGGCCAUGGUUCCGAUUAUCUGUCCAGGAACUGGUGGCAUUAUCUUCUCAAAAGCAUCAAUUAAGACUGACAGUAACAACAAUGUAUUACUUUGUUCAUUAUUUUUUAAUGUAAAUAAAGUAAGAACUCACCUGUAACUGUUGCAAUUAUGUUUUUUUUUUUUUUUU